AUGACAUUGCAUCGUUCAUCCAUCACUUGUGGGUAUCUGCUUUCUACAGUUCUCAUUCCUCCAGAGAUCAGUUCUAGCCUCAUGGAGGAAAUGCCUUUGAGCGAGUCAAGUCCUCGAGGGGCAGAGAGGUUCAGGAAGCCAUGGCUCUUAUGCAUAGUUGCUCUGUUGCUGAUGCUGUUCUGUGCCUUGGGUACACUGAUCUACACUUCACUCAAGCCAACUACCAAAGACACCUGCAUGGUUAAGUUUGAACUAUUAUCCUCAAAAUGGCAAAUGACAUCUCCUGAACCUCAUUGUGUGAAUAUGACAUCUGAUGGGAAGCUGAAGAUACUUCAGAGUGGCGUGUAUUUAAUCUAUGGUCAAGUGAUUCCUGUCGAUAAGAAAUACAUACAAAACAGGGCUCCCUUUGUAGUACAGAUAGUUAAAAAAAAUGAUGUCCUACAAACUCUAACGAAUGAUUUUCAAAUCUUACCUAUAGGAGGGAUCUAUGAACUGCAUGCUGGAGACACCCUAUAUUUGAUGUUCAACUCUGAAGACCAUAUUCAGAAAAAUAAUACAUACUGGGGGAUCAUUUUAAUGCCAGAUCUCUCAUUCAUCUCCUAGAGAUUGGGUUUGUUUUUCUCUUCUUCUUC